AGGAGUACUUCAGGAAGAGAUUCAGAGAGGAGACACUGGCCAGCACAAUCAUCUCCCACGUCAAGAAAUCACGAUGCCUCCACAUCAUGUGUCACAUCCCAGUCUUCUGUUGGAUCACUGCUACAGUUCUGGAGGACCUCUUCAAAACAUCCAAGAUAGGAGAUGAGAUACCCAAGACCGGUGACUCAGAUGUACAGCCACUUCCUGAGGGUUCAGUCCAUACAGGCGGACAGGAAGUAUCAUGGGAGAGCUGAAACAGAUCCAGAGUGGAGUUCAGAGAGCAGGGAGAUCAUUGUUUCUCUGGGAAAACUUGCUUUUAACCAGCUGGAGAAUGGCAACCUGAUCUUCUACAAGGCAGACCUGGCAGAGUGUGGCAUCGAUAUCAGAGCAGCCUCAGUGUACUCAGGAGUGUUCACCGAGAUCUUUAAAGAGGAGUGUGGGCUGUACCAGGACAAGGUGUUCUGCUUUGUCCAUCUGAGCAUCCAGGAGUUUCUGGCUGCCCUUUAUGUCUUCUUGUCCUUUAUCGACAAUGAGGUCAAUCUGUUCACAGAAGAACAGCCAACCUCCGGUGAAGGAAAACACAUCCUCUUCUACCAGAGUGCUGUGGACAAGGCCUUACAGAGUGAGAAUGGACACCUGGACUUGUUCCUCCGCUUCCUCCUGGGCCUCUCUCUGGAGACCAAUCAGAUUGUCCUAAAAGGUCUUCUGGGACAGACAGGAAGUAGAUCAGGGACCAAUAAGGAAACAGUGUCUUACAUCAAGGAGAAGAUAUGUGGAGAUCUCUCUCCAGAGAGAAGCAUCAAUCUGUUCCACUGUCUGAAUGAGCUAAACGACUGUUCUCUAGUAGAGAAGAUCCAACGGUCCCUGACAUCAGGAAGUCUCUUCAAAACACGCGUCUCCCCUGCUCAGUGGUCAGCUCUGGUCUUCAUCUUACUGUCAUCAGAAGAGGAGCUGGACGUGUUUGACCUGAAGAAAUACUCAGCUUCAGUGGAGGGUCUUCUGAGGUUGCUGCCAGUGGUCAAAGCCUCCAAAACAUCUCUGUAGGUUCACUCAUAAUAAUGUAUGACAAUACACGACACAAUAUACCUGAUAGUGGAAUAUAUAAGUUAUAACUAACAAAACAUAUCUGUAGGUUCACUGUUAACAUGUAUUACAAUAAACAAACAAUAUAAAUAAUACUAGAAUAUAAAACGAGUAUUGAUUAAAAAUAAAACAUUUUCAAACACUACAUAACGAUUUACAAUUGUAUACCCCAUAGAUAAUAAACAUUUAAAUAUCCCUUGUUUUAGAUAUUUAUUCACACACAAAAAAAAGUGAAUACAAUUAAUACGUUAAUACAAUUCCUUCAUUACGGGAAGGUAAAAGAUUUAAGUUACUUUAAUCACAGUUCCUAACAUGUUGUGUUUAUUGUUUGUGCAGGCUCAAUGGCUGUCAUCUGUC